AUCUAGCAACAAGGAGUGCUACUUCCUGUUCUUUUCGAAACAGUUUUUCAACACCAAUGCCGCAACGUUAUGUGUCGUCUCCAAUCAUCCCCGCUCAUGGAAAUAGAGGCAUGUCUCACAAUCUUAAAACACCAGUGCUGAAUAAUAAUCAAUGGAGCUUUCAGCAAAAUGAUGGCUCUUCAUUUGAAGAAGAUUACAAUGCAGCAUAUGAGUCGAUGGAUCAUGAUGGAUGGGGGCCCUCGGCAUACCAGAGCUCUAGAACCUUACCGAACGUGACACCAGGACCAGAAAGUGCGUUUUUUAUGCCAAGAAAGGAGCAGGGGCUACAGGAGAUGUAUACGUACGGCGAUCGGCACGUUGAUAACGAUGAAAUGAAUUAUGCUAACAAUAAUGAAAAAUUUUAUUUCAAGAAGGGUGAAGACUUCUACAACCGACAAAGCAAUUCAAAAAGAAAAAAUGAGUAUUUACCACAGAGGAAUGAAACUUUUAACGCAAAGAAGGCGCAGACAAAUGCCAUCAACAAGCCUGUCCCAAAUCAGAUACCUCUGUUGAAAACUCCCGUUUUGAAAUAUCAACAGGCAAAUGCAGAAUCGGCCCGCAAUAAGAAGAUACAAAAUUCUAUGCGUCAAACCACGUUGACCACAGACACGUCGAAAGGACUUGGCUUCAAACUGGAAAAGGCUAACAAAGAAAAUAAUAUGAAUGAUAUCGAUGGUGAUGCAAUGGAAACGCCAAAACCCUUUCCCAAAUGGGGUUCCGCUUCUUCCUAUUCGAAGCUGGAGUCAAAUAAGGAGUUUAAUUUUCCAAGAGUGUUUACUGUUACUGUUGAAAAAUUGUUAUCGUGGCCUAAAAUAUUAGCUGGUUCUAAAGCAGUUUUCGAACUGUAUGGUAUUUUGGAACGGAUUAGCGAUGGCAAGAUCUCCAAAUCGAAGAAUAUUUCCCUGAAAAGUGAAAAGGCGAGAGUACUUUUAAACUGCACUUUUUAUGAGAUUGAUCGUCCUAUACCGAAGCUCAAUAAAGGUCAAUGGCACCGGUAA